UUCAAGGGUGGAUGCCACUGCCUUUGCUCCGGCUGAGUCUCGAAAGACACUUGAGCGAGACAGCUAAGAGUGGUGCCAGUGACACAUCCGGCACCACUGUCACCACUGCCUCGCAUCCGUCAACAAUCAGUGCUGUGGUUGACUCUGCCGCGACGCUUUGGGAGCAGCAGCAGCAGCAGUGGCAGCAGCAGCAAGUGGCACAGCAUACAGCAGAGGCCUCGUCCAUCACUGCAACAGCCGCCAGCACCUUCGUCUGUAGCUAUCACGCGUCCAAUCCAGUCUCCGCCGCUCCCUACUCGCUUCCGCCCGCAUCCUCGCCACCAUUAUCCACGGGACAGAUCCUGCUUAGCCCAAUCGGGGGAGGAGGCAUGGGUGAAGCCAAUAUUAGUAACAGUGGCAUCCCUUCACCCCCUGCUGUUUCUCCCUCUCCACCGCCGCCUCAGCCGCACAUUGUCUCCCACAGCGAUAUGGGAAAGCCGCGCCCGCCGCACUCCGCGUCCCAUAAACAGACGCUAUUUGACGGGGAGGGAGUCUUCACCAUCAUGCGGUCUCCGUCCGUGGUGACCCAGCAGCCCUCCCUCACCGUCCUGCCCCACCAACCCCACGACGAGGACCACGACGACUUCCACAACAACAACAACAUUACUAAUAACAAGGACGUUUCGGAGAAGUACCAGCUCGGCCUUGACUCCCUUAAAGAUGGCAGUAACAAGAGAGACACCACCGCCCCUAUCACCAACACGGUAUCUGCUGCAGGUGUCGCCGCGGCAGUUGGUGGUGGUGCCGUUGUUGCUAGCACCUCCGCAGCUGCCGCCAGUGCAGCCGACGACCCCUGCAGCGCGUACAUGAGAAGAGUAUGCUGUGAGGCGCUGUGUGACCCGCUGUGUCUCUUGUGCUGUCUGGCCUGCAAUGCUGACUGCUGUUCCGGAUGCGCCAACCUAGAUCUCUGCUGUUUGCUGUGCCAUAUAUGUACUCGUUUAUAACAGUCUGUGUCUAUGUUUGUAUGUGCGUGUGUUUGUAUGUUUAUAUAUUGGUGUAUAUAUAUAUAUGUUUUAGGGAAGAGGGGGAAGGGGUUGUGAAAAAGAUGUUUGUAUUUUCUUUUCUUUAUCUUUUUUUUUUUUUUACUCGUAAUAAUGGUUAGUUUCUUUAUAGUGAAGAGGAAAUGCAAUACUGUACCAUUACUUGUUUCUUACGUGAUAACUUCAUGUUCGGCUGAGAUCCCUUGCUCUGUAGACGUUGUGUGUGUUACGCGUCAGACAACUAAUAUUAGUCACCCAUCCUUUAUACUGUACUGUGUGUGUGUGUGUUUAUGCGCCCGCGUCAGUUUUCGUAUACCUUUACCAUCAUUAUCAUCAGCAUCAUUAUCAUUUUCAUUAUCGUUAUCAUUAUCAUAUGUAUCUAUAGACCUCUCCUCCACUAGUGCUCCUUUCCUUUUCAUCCCGAUCUCUCGUCCUCUCUCUCUCUCUCUCUCUCUCUCUCUCUCUCUCUCUCUCUCUCUCUCUUACGAUUCGAUUUUUUCAAGGUUAAAACACUGAGUGAAGUGAAGAGAUCCUUAUUUUUCUUCUCUCUCUCUCUCUCUCUCUCUCUCUCUCUCUCUCUCUCUC